AAUAUAUAAAAAUUAUAAAACGAGAUAUUUGCUAAAAGUGUAUUUGAUAUAAAAUAAACAUAACAACAACAUCGAAGACAAGGAGGAGGCGCUUGCUGCAAUAACAAAUUAUUAUAAAAAAAAAAACGGCAAAUAGUACUAACUGUAAAAUACCGUGCCUUCGCUAAAGUAAACAACAAAGCAACCAACAAACAGUCGCUACAACACACAAACUACAAAAGAACAGACAACGAAGCGCACAACAGCAACAGACAAAGAAAUUCACCAGCACCCAGGCACCUUUAGUAUGCAAUGAGGCACCCAGACAAACGCAUCGACAGCGAUCGGCAACGCCCAGUGUUAGCAUAAAAGGAUGAAUAGCAACAACCUGCAGCAAUGGUGGGAAAACACAUACCGACGGCAGCAGCAGCAGCAAUCAACAUUCGAUAGCAACUUGGAUCUUAAUAGCGAUGUAGCUGCCACCGAAAUAAACUAUGCGCUGCUAUCGAACAACAAUUUUGGCUUUGAGCCUGCAGCUGGCGGGCAGUUGGGUGGCCAGGACUUGGACUAUGAUAACUAUGGAAACUUUACACUAAUUAGUCCCUAUGAUAUUGAUGCCAGCGGCGAUACGGAGCAUGCUAUUCCAUCGCUUACUAUUUUGCUCUUGGCCAUUAGCUAUGGUCUGGUCGUUUUCGGCGGCGUUGUGGGCAAUUCCACUUUGGUGCUAACACUAUGCUCGGCGUCGUCGGUGCGUCUGCGAAAUCCUUUGCUGCUGGCAGUUUGCAUUGCCGACUUACUGGUCACGGGCAUAUCGGCACCGGUUACGCUACUCAAUCUUGCAAUGAAUCGGGGCACCAGAUCCUUGCCGCUUCUCCUCUGCAAGCUCAUACACUAUGUUCAGGUGAUGCCAGUAGCAGCGAGCACAAUAUCAUUCUUUAUGCUCUCAUUGGAUCGAUAUGCCACCGUCAAGCAUCCACGACUGGCGCAGCUGCGACAGCGACGUUACCUGCACGUAUCGCUGGCCAUGCUCUGCUGGCUGGCCUCGGCCGCAAUUAGCACGCCGUUUCUUUUUGCCUACAAGAUCAUAGCCAAGUCGGUGAUUAUCAAGGGCGCCGGCACCAGCACUACGCCCAAUCCAGUUAGCAUUAGCUGCACCUCGGAGCUGGGCGCCAAUGCCAUGUUCAUGUCCUUUAUUUUAUUCCACACCAUAGCGGUGUUUGUGCUGCCCGGCGUGGGCGUGCUGCUGAAUCAUUACGGCGUGCGGCGUAAGCUAUGUGCGCUCUCAUUAACAGCGCGGGCGGCGCAUGGCGAGUUGCCGCUGCCCAUGCCCAUACUGCGUCGCCAGACGCACAUGGUCAUCGUUACGGGCUGUGCCAAUGCACAGCAGGCAGCUUGCGGUGGCGCCACAACAGCCGAUGAUACUUCGAAUGGCAAUGGUGGUGCUCAGAUCGCCGUUAGUCCGGGUGACAUACAGUUGCACAAUCUACAGCCCGGCGUGGCAGGCGCUAAUGUUGCCCUUGAGCCAGGCUCCUAUCGCUCCAGCAAUCCUAUCUCGCCCAGAGCUAUGCGAGAGAUUCGUGCCCACUCGCAAAGGCAGCGCAUACAUCGUGCUGGGCGUGGUCCUGCCACUCCGGGCAUACCGCUGCCGCAGACUUCAACGCUGCGCUCGCGUCGCCAUUUGGCCAACAUGCUAAUUGCUUCCGCCUUAAUCUUCAUCGUCUGCUGGUCACCGCAUGUCUUCUGCAUAUUCUACAAAAACUUUGGUUAUAAGCAAUACUGUAGCAAAACUUCCGUCUACUUUCAUCUACUAUUAGGCUACUUUUAUUCGGCCAUCAGUCCGGUCAUCUAUUGGGCGCUCAACCAUAAUACGCUACGACAAUCGCCCUGUGCGCCCAUCAUUCGGCUGCGCUCCAUGCAAAAUUUCCUGCGUUCGCGCUUUCGCACGCAUACAGUUCCGCCAGCGGCCUCAUCUACAAACGAAGCGGCAUUGGGAGCCUUCAAUCCCAAGCUGAUCAAGCUGACACCGAAACAGUAUAGAGCUCAGGCUUCUUCGCAUUAUCUCUACUAGUGUGAUACUAAAC